UCUUUCUUAUUUUUCAGACUGGAAGACCUGGAUAGAGAUCAGUGGAAUAAAAAUAAAAGACAGACAUGUUUUUUUAAUUUUGUAGUCCUGGAGAGAAAGCCCGAGAUCCAGGGCUAAAAAAAAUAAUUUUUAAAAAAUUAAAAGAGCGAGGAUUAGAUUUGUUUUUUGGGUGAAGAAAGAGCCUGGGCUGCGGCGUCUGGAGGGUUAACUUUCAGUAUUCUCAGUCUAAAAGGGGGUUUGGGGGGCUAUGAGAUAAAGAUGCCGGGGUCGCUGAGUAAUGAAGACGAGGGACAGGACGACAUGGAUUUUGAAGACGAUAUGCCAGAUGAGGAUGACGAAGGCGAGCGCAACACUGUCCCCCUCACACCUCUCGACAGCUUCUUCUCGGACAGCGACUCCCUCAAACAACAGAAGAAGAAAAAGCCCAAAAAGAUGAAGGAGGGAAAGAUGCCUAAAGUGAAGAAGAGGAAAAAGGAGGGAGGAAUCCAGCCGAGAGUGGACAGCGACCUGGAAGAGACCUCAGAGGUGGAGGAGGAACGGGAACGUCCAGAAAUAAACUCAGAGAGCGAGAGCAGCACAACGUACGGCCCGACCAAAAAGAAGAAGAAGAAACCGAAGGAGAAGAAAGAGAAGAAGCCGCGGAAGAAGAAGAAAGAUGAGGACGACGAUGACGAUGACGAUGAUGACGGGAACUUGAAAGAACCUAAAUCAUCGGGCCAGUUGAUGCAGGAGUGGGGUCUGGAGGACGUUCAGUAUGGCUUCACCGAGGAGGACUAUAAAACCAUCACCAACUACAAAGCUUUCAGUCAGUUCCUCAGGCCCCUCAUCGCCAAGAAGAACCCCAAGAUCCCCAUGUCAAAGAUGAUGACAGUGUUAGGGGCCAAAUGGCGAGAGUUCAGUGCCAACAACCCGUUCAAAGGCGCAUCUGCCACUGCUGUGGCCGCUGCUGUGGCUGCCGCCGUGGAAACGGUUACUGUGGCACAGCCGACGUCUGUCUGCAGCAGCCAGCCCAGCACUCAGCCGGGGACCAUCAAAAAAGCCAAAACCAAAGAGGGGAAGGGGCCCGGAGUCAGAAAGAGAAGCAAAUCUGUGAAGGAGGUGAAGAAGAAGCCCAAGCCGAAGAAGACCAAGUCAAAGUCUGGCCAGAGUGGGAAGAAGAAGAAAGCGUCCUCAAGUGAGGAGGACUUCUUGGAGGAGUCUGACUUUGAUGACAUCAGCAUCCACAGUGCCUCUGUGCUUUCUGAUUCCCUGGGGGCCGCCACCAAGAAAAAGGCCCGACGUGGGCGGAAAAAAAGGAAAAAGGAAGACGGGGAUGGUUAUGAGACAGACCACCAGGAUUACUGUGAGGUCUGCCAGCAAGGCGGGGAGAUCAUCCUGUGUGACACCUGUCCCAGAGCGUACCACCUGGUGUGUCUGGACCCCGAACUGGAGAAGGCCCCCGAGGGCAAAUGGAGCUGUCCACACUGUGAGAAGGAGGGUAUCCAGUGGGAGGCCAAAGAUGACGAGGAGGAAGAGGAAGAGCCAGUGGGUGAGGAAGAGGACGACCACAUGGAGUUCUGCAGAGUUUGUAAAGAUGGAGGAGAGCUGCUGUGUUGCGACACCUGCCCGUCUUCGUACCACAUCCACUGCCUCAACCCGCCUCUACCCGAGAUACCCAACGGGGAGUGGCUGUGUCCACGUUGCAUGUGUCCACCUCUUAAAGGUAAAGUCCAGAAGAUCCUGCACUGGACUUGGGGAGAGCCCCCGCUGCCGGCUGAGCUGCCCGCAGGUCCGGAUGGGACACCAAACGAUCCACUGACUAAGCCUCCGCUCAAAGGUCACCCGGAGAGGGAGUUCUUUGUGAAGUGGGCCGGCCUCUCUUACUGGCACUGCUCCUGGGUCAGCGAACUGCAGCUGGAGCUCUACCACACGGUCAUGUAUCGGAACUACCAGCGGAAGAACGACAUGGACGAGCCGCCGCCGUACGACUAUGGCUCCGGUGAGGAGGAGCUCAACAGCGAGAAGAGGAAGAGCAAAGACCCGCAGUAUGCUGUGAUGGAGGAGCGCUUCUACCGCUACGGCAUCAAACCGGAGUGGAUGGUGAUACACAGGAUAGUCAACCACAGUUUUGAUAAAGACGGAGAUGUUCACUACCUGAUCAAGUGGAGAGACCUGCCGUACGACCAGUGCACCUGGGAGGUGGAUGACUUUGACGUCCCUGAAUAUGACAGUCAUAAACCGUUUUACUGGGACCACAGAGAGCAGAUACUCGGGGAAGACCAACGCCCCCUGGUGGUUAGGAAAGGAAAGAAACUGAAGGAGGACCAUCAGAAGAGAGAGGUCCCUCCUGACGCCCCCAUCAUUGAUCCAACCAUCAAGUUCGAGCACCAGCCGUGGUACAUUAACGCCACAGGGGGAACACUACACCCGUACCAGCUGGAGGGCCUGAACUGGUUGAGGUUCUCCUGGGCACAGGGCACAGACACCAUCCUGGCUGAUGAGAUGGGCCUGGGGAAGACGGUGCAGACCAUCGUGUUCCUCUACUCGCUCUAUAAGGAGGGUCACUCUAAGGGACCCUUCUUGGUGAGUGCGCCCCUCUCCACUAUCAUUAACUGGGAGAGGGAGUUUGAGAUGUGGGCUCCCGAUUUCUACGUGUUGACUUACACCGGAGACAAAGACAGCCGUGCGAUAAUCAGGGAGAACGAGUUCACCUUUGAAGAGAGCCCGGUGAAGAGUGGACGCAAAGUGUUCCGUAUGAAGAAAGACACUCCUAUCAAGUUCCAUGUGCUGCUGACUUCCUAUGAGCUCAUCACCAUUGAUCAAGCCAUUCUGGGCUCCAUCACAUGGGCCUGCCUGGUGGUGGACGAGGCCCACAGACUGAAGAACAACCAGUCAAAGUUUUUCAGGAUUCUAAAUGGGUAUAAGAUCUACUACAAGCUGCUGCUCACUGGAACUCCUCUUCAGAACAACCUGGAGGAGCUGUUCCACCUGCUAAACUUCCUCACCCCAGAGCGCUUCAACAACCUGGAAGGCUUCUUGGAGGAGUUUGCCGAUAUCUCAAAGGAGGACCAGAUCAAGAAGCUCCACGACCUGCUCGGGCCUCACAUGCUCAGGAGGCUGAAAGCUGAUGUGUUCAAGAACAUGCCUGCAAAGACAGAGCUGAUUGUCAGAGUGGAGCUCAGCCCCAUGCAGAAGAAAUAUUACAAAUUCAUCUUGACGCGAAAUUUCGAGGCCCUGAACUCCAAAGGUGGAGGGAACCAAGUGUCCCUGCUCAACAUAAUGAUGGACCUGAAGAAGUGCUGCAACCAUCCCUACCUGUUCCCUGUGGCUGCUGUGGAAGCCCCUGUGUUACCCAACGGCUCAUACGAUGGUAACCUGCUGGUGAAGUCCUCAGGAAAACUGACACUGCUUCAGAAAAUGCUGAAGAAACUCAAAGACGAAGGACACAGAGUUCUCAUCUUCUCUCAGAUGACAAAGAUGUUGGAUCUGCUGGAGGACUUCUUGGAGUUUGAGGGUUAUAAAUAUGAGCGUAUCGAUGGAGGGAUUACAGGAGGCCUAAGGCAGGAGGCCAUUGACCGCUUCAAUGCACCGGGCGCUCAGCAGUUCUGCUUCCUGCUUUCAACACGAGCUGGAGGCCUCGGCAUCAACCUUGCGAGCGCAGACACUGUGAUCAUCUACGACUCUGACUGGAAUCCUCACAAUGACAUCCAGGCAUUUAGCAGAGCCCACCGUAUCGGCCAAAACAGGAAGGUGAUGAUAUAUCGUUUUGUGACUCGAGGCUCGGUGGAGGAAAGAAUCACUCAGGUGGCGAAGAGGAAGAUGAUGCUGACCCAUCUGGUCGUGCGGCCUGGCCUUGGCUCCAAAACUGGCUCCAUGUCCAAACAAGAGCUGGAUGAUAUUCUCAAGUUUGGCACAGAGGAGCUUUUCAAAGAUGAAAUGGAGGCAGCUCGAGCCAUGGGAGACAACAAAGACGGUGAGGAGGGCAACGUGAUCCAUUACGAUGACGACGCUAUUUCAAAGCUGCUGGACCGCAGCCAGGACGCCACCGAAGACACGGAGAUCCAGAACAUGAACGAGUACCUGAGCUCCUUCAAGGUGGCUCAGUACGUGGUGAAGGAGGAGGACGGAGAGGAGGAGGUGGAGCGAGAAAUCAUCAAGCAGGAGGAGAACGUGGAUCCGGACUACUGGGAGAAGCUCCUCCGCCAUCACUACGAGCAGCAGCAGGAGGACCUGGCCCGGAACCUGGGGAAAGGCAAACGGAUCAGAAAGCAGGUCAACUAUAACGACACGACCCAGGAGGACCAAGACAAUCAGUCGGAGUACUCCGUGGGGUCCGAGGACGAGGACGAAGAUUUCGAGGAGAGACCUGAAGGCGGGCGCAGACAGUCUCGUCGGCAGCUGAGGGGCGAGAAAGACAAACCUCUGCCACCCUUACUGGCACGAGUUGGAGGAAGUAUCGAGGUGCUGGGGUUCAACGCUCGCCAGAGGAAAGCCUUCCUAAACGCCAUCAUGCGCUGGGGGAUGCCUCCUCAGGACGCCUUCAACUCUCACUGGCUGGUUAGAGACCUGAGAGGGAAGAGCGAGCGAGAGUUCAGGGCCUACGUCUCUCUGUUCAUGAGACACCUGUGCGAGCCGGGGGCAGACGGAGCAGAAACCUUUGCUGACGGAGUCCCACGUGAAGGGCUGUCUCGUCAGCAUGUUCUCACCAGGAUCGGAGUUAUGUCCCUUGUCAGGAAAAAGGUGCAGGAGUUUGAGCACGUGAACGGGAAGCUGAGCUCUCCAGACCUGAUUCCCAUCGGCAUGGAGCUGAAGAAGCUGACUGAGAGCGUUUCCUCUGAUCCGAACACUCCUGUUCCGGCCAGCCCCGUCGCCACACAGCCCGGCACUCCGGUCCCUCCAGAGAAGGCCGAGUCUCUGCCGGGUGCAGCUGAGGACAAAGAGACCACGGAGCAAGAUGGCAAGAAACUGUCAGAGCAGGAGAUGUCCAGCUCCGAGGCAGCACCUGCGCCCGAGAAGGCGGCUGACAGUGAGGAGAGCAAGGCCAGCUCUGAGGAGAAAACGGGAGACGAGAGGGAGAGAACCGAGUUGCCCGACACAAAGACGGAGCCAUCUGCCAACCAAAAAGAGUCUGCUUCAAAACAGACGGAGCCGCCGUCCACUCAGACCUCUCCCAAAGUGGAGCCCUGCAAAGAAACCGAGAAGUCAUCAGACAAAUCAGACACUGAUUCACCUCCGGCAAAAACUGAAGACAAGGAAAACAAGCCAGAGGAUCUGAAGAGUGAGGACACUUUGGAAGGUCGCUUGAACGGAGACAAAGACACCCUGGAUGAGAUGGAUGAGAGCAGGAAAGAGGACAAAAACGGAUACAAAGCCAAGUUCAUGUUUAAUAUCGCUGAUGGAGGUUUUACAGAGUUACACACCCUCUGGCAAACCGAAGAGCGAGCGGCGCUGUCGUCUGGAAAGAUGCAUGACAUCUGGCACCGCCGCCAUGACUACUGGCUGUUGGCUGGCAUCGUAACACAUGGCUACGCUCGCUGGCAGGACAUUCAGAACGACCCGCGUUAUGCUAUCCUCAAUGAGCCCUUCAAGACUGAGAUGCACAAAGGAAACUACCUGGAGAUGAAGAACAAGUUCCUAGCUCGCCGCUUUAAGUUGUUGGAGCAGGCCCUGGUGAUUGAGGAGCAACUGAGGCGGGCAGCGUACCUGAACAUGACCCAGGACCCGAGUCACCCGGCCAUGGCUCUCAACACUCGCUUCACUGAGGUGGAAUGUCUGGCAGAGUCCCACCAGCAUCUGUCCAAAGAGUCUCUGGCCGGGAACAAGCCUGCCAACGCCGUGCUGCACAAAGUGCUGAACCAGCUGGAGGAACUCCUGAGCGACAUGAAGGCCGAUGUGACCCGGCUGCCCAACAUGCUCUCCAGGAUCCCUCCGGUGUCGUCCCGCCUGCAGAUGUCCGAGCGAAGCAUCCUCAGCCGCCUCACCAGCCGAGGGAGCGAGCCCCCGCCGCAGCAGCCUUUCAGUCAGGGCGCAUUCGGCUGCUCUCAGAUGUACAGCAGCAGCUUCGGAGGAGGAUUCAGAGGACCAGGCGGACAGCCGAUGGUCAACUACAGUCAGAUGCCUCUGGGGCCCUACGUCAGCGACCACAUUGCUGUCGGCUACACGCAGGAGACCGACUGGAGACAUCUGAGAUUGUCCUCUAACGGCCCUCCACCCCCCACAAGCCAUCUGGACAAGAAGUCACUCGACUCCUUGAGAGACGUGGCUACUCCUGAUCUCAAGUCGGGGAAACCUAGUGAUGUCAUCUGCAUUGAAGACUAGACCGGCUCUCAAACACUGACCUGGGAUCAGAAAGCCCCCUGGGGAUGGUCUGCGUGGAUGACAGCUGCCCAUUUCCCCUCCGCCAUGUCCUCCUCUUUUUCUCCUGACUUUUAACUCUUCAAAAUCAAGCUCUCUCUCUGUCUGCGGAUAAGAUGAUUAACUUUUUGAUUAAUGCAGAUGUAUCUAUCUUAACAAUUGCACUUUUAUCUUUCAAGGACUCUGUAGAGGUAUUUCAGUAGAUGUUAGCUUUUUGUGCCGGAGAGCCAAGGAUUUGGAGAGAAAAUGAAGCAGACUUUAUGAAAGAGGAUUUUUUUUUUUCAGCCCUGCACUACAAGGUAAAACUCAAGGAAGUUGGCUUGACUGAAGGUCUGAUGCUCACGACUGGGGCUCUUUCUGAUCUACGACUGUGUGCUUCGUUCGGUGCCAGCUUCAACUUUUUCAUUCUGUGCGCCCCUUUUUGUUAUCUUCACUACACUGUGACUGUGCCCAUCAGUGAAGAGGAGUGAAUUAAGGACCAUUUCAGUCACAGUUUGAUAGUUUGAGGGCCAAUAUUGUUACUUUCAAUGUAUUUUUAUCAUUCAUGUAGUAACCAGUGGAUAAAUUAUUGAUUUGACAGCAUCAGAAACUAUGAUCAUGUAUGCAGUAAUGGACACAGUCUUUCUGAAUCCUCUAAAGACUGCCACCCGCUGGUCAUGUGGAGAAAGUGAUCCCUGCUUAACAUGCAGACACAUUUGACUGCAGAUACCUGAGAGGGUUGGCUUCUUGUACUGUAUAUACUCAGAGACUGCUGUUUAUUUUACCUCACAUAGGUCUAAUCUUAGUGAAAAUAUGUACACAAUGAAGAAAUCAGCGAACACGAAGAUCAAGCAAAGAAAAGAAGCUGCAGAAAUGAUUUUUAACACAUUUCAAGAGAAGACUGAGUAUUACUGUGUACGGUACAGUAUUUGUGAUUCUUACUAUAUUUGAAUGUUAGUAGUGGCUGUAGAGCUUAACCCUGGGGCCAGGACCGGUGGGAGUGCACUAUAAAAAGGAACUCAUCUGGUCCACAUCCACACAUGGAGCCAACUACAAGCAGUCCUGCGUUGAGGGCGGCUAUUUUUCUCCUCUUACUUACAUCACAGGGACUUUCCAAGCUCCCUGUCAUUGUUAGAACUGAAUAAGAACAUAUGUGCUUCAGGCACGGUCUCACUUUAAGUCGAGUUUUGUCUCAAAAUGAGCUUUUGUUUGCUUUUUCUUUACUUUAAGGUAAAUAAGAUGUUAUUUGGUCACUUGAUGCCAUUUAAAAAGAUGAUCCCUGUGUUCUUUGAUGCAGUGUGUUUCCUCCAAAUGUAGACUGCAAUUUAUCAUAUUAACAAGGCGGCCAUUUUCCUCUUUUGUCACAUUCAUAUGGGAACCAAAAAUGCUUGAAUAAUGAACUGCAAAUUGUAGAAAUGUGGGGACCAUUGCUUCCUCAUCAAUUAGUGACAAAGACAGUAAAUCCACAGCGACUUUUGGGCCAAAUUUCAAUCAACAGAUCAAUUUUCGUUUAUAUAGCAAAACAUUUCAACAACACUCAACUUAUAAUACUUCACAUGUGGAGCAAAAUCUUGAACACAAACUACCAUUUCAAAGCAAAACAACAUAUUUAAAAACCCAAGUGCCAACGUUGCACAAUAGCUACCGUUAGCAAUGACCUAGCUCAGGGGUUCCCAAACUUUACCAUGCCAAGGCCCCCUAAACAGCAUUAGCUUCUGUCUGGGGACCCCCUUUGCAAACCCACAGACAAUGCUUCAAAAUAUGUAAAGAAACAUCAACUUUUAGAAUGUAUUUUAUUACUUUUAUUCACUUUUUAAUAAUUAUCAUAUUUGUUUAAUAUAGGAAAUUAUUAACACAACGUGCUGUAAAAAAAAAAAAAAAAUAGAUUCUAUUUUUUCCCCUUCCCUCCAAUUUUCUGAGGCCCCCCUAGCGCCCCCUGGCGGCCCCCACUUUGAAAACCACUGACCUAGCUAACGAAACCUUUUCAAAAGGUUUGAAAGAUAUAAAUCGAAUUUGACAUAUCAGAGCACAUCUCGGACACAUUUAAACCCAAAGAAAAAUACAGUAACACUGAAAAUGUCUUCAAGCAUCAGGAAAUGCUAUCAAAUGCAAACGCAUGCUAUGAAAUGGUUAGCUAACGAAUUGCAAUUCAAAAAAUGAAUCAUGAAAUAUCAGCGUGCAUCUUCUACAUAUUUAUUUAAACUUUUAAGAAAACACUGUAUCUUUCCUAUCAUAUCACCUCACACCGUCAAACUAAUGUUGGCUAGCAAGUGGUUCAAUGCUAACGUUAACCGCUGUUAAAAGGGAUGCUGAAAAGAUUCGAAAGAUAUAAAUUGAAUUCGAAAUAUCAAAGCAUAUCUCAGACACACAUUCAAACCCAAUAGAAAAAUACAGUAACAAUGAAAAUGUCUUCAUCAAAUGCUACUACUAGCUAGGACAUGGUGAGCUAAAAAAUUGCAAUUCAAAAAAUUAAUUAUGAAAUAUCAGCGUGAAUCUUCUGCACAUUUAUCUGAACUUUAAAGUAAAACACACUGGAUCUCUCCCAUCAUAUCACCUCACACCGUCAAAUUAAUAUUAGCUAGCAAGUGGCUCAAUGCUAACGUUAGCUGCUGUUUAAAAGGGAUGGUUCAGGUUUUAUGUAAAGACGGCUGUAUGAAGAACUUAGUGUAAUACUUACAAGGCAAUUCCAGUCUGGUCUGCCUUUUUAUUGAGGAACCUGGCGGAGAACAGUCACAGAUGCUAGGCUAUAAACCCCUAAAGACCAGACUGAUUUCACCAUGUAAUUAAGCUAAUUAUGGAUGGUAGAAUGGAUGGACCAUUUUCAGAUCCAACACAUACAUGUUCCUUCAACUGCUAUUAACAUUUCCUUUAAAUUCUAAAGCCAUGAUAUUUGCACCAUUUGUCACAUUUCAUUUGUUUAUAUAAUUUAAGAACAUUUACAGCAGUAUUUAUACUUCCCACCCAGAGCUGUGCGUCAGAUGAAAAUUUCCGCAGUGUGAAUACAGUGAAUUGGUUAUGCUGCAGUCUAAACUUGAUUUUGAUAAUCCUCGCUGUACAUCAGCUUCUAAGGACCAUUGUUAAAGAGAAUAACUCUUUAAACUAAGUCCUCACCUCUAUUUAUGUUUGGUUCUUUCAAGAGUGUGUUAUUGACUCUUGCUGUACCUGGUGUGACGGAACGUUAGCAUGGUAUAGCUACAUAUCUUGUCCAAUCCAUCUGGCUUCUCUUCAUGUGCUAAAGUGACUGUCCACUAUCUAAAACAAUCUUUUUUAAAUGCAAGCUUUCUACGUUUCCUUUUUCGAUGAAGGCUUCGCUUGAAUGUUUGGGCUAAAAGUGCAAAUUGCUACGACAUGUAUGUGUCUUCUUUUCCGUUUUUUCCAAAGGCCAGUGGCAUUACUUGUUUGUUAUAUUAUUGUUGGCGCCAUUGGUGCCGCAAGUAUUUGACUUUGUUUGGAUGAAGACUGUGAUUGGACUAAUUGAAACUGAAGAGGUAGUACUGUACAGCAUUGAUGAGUGUAUUUUCUUCCUCUUCUCUCCAUUUCAAGAUAAAUUAAUUGGACUGAAUUUGAACAAACCAGGAGAUGAACCUUGAGGUGCAUCAUGUCUGUUUCUUUUCCAAACUCGUAACAGUUAAUCAACUCUACUUUGUUCCUUGUUUCACCAUGAAUUACUUGACCAUGAUGUGUACUAGGUUGCUUGACAGACAGAACCUCAGAAACAUGUAUAUACUUGAAGGAUUUUUCAGAGAUCAUCUUGAACAGAUUAAUGUAUCAAUCUGAAAAACGAUGAAUGUCUGCUGGGUGGUGUUGCCAUAGAACUGCAGUGUGCACCGUAUGUGCUCAUCAAUCGACAUCAUGUCCUUUUCCCUCUGGAGUGAUGACGUCAAAAACAAAAUACUCCAAAAGAAAUGCAAUCAAACUGAAGUCUGUAUGAAUGUAACGUCUGUAAGAAAAAAAAGGCUUCAGUCUAAUAUUAUAAAUAUGUUAACAAUGUAUGUACAUGCUUAUUAACAUGGCUUCAAAAGCUACCAAAAGACCCUGAUAAAAGGCACCUUUGUUGCAGCGAAUGCACAGCAUGUGAAGCGUUAAGUGUGAUGCUUCACUUUGAGGAGGCGGUGUAGUGUAUCUAGCAUUUACAGACAAUGAGCUCCAAGCAGUGUUAUGGUUCUGAUAUUUGUGCUGUAUAGCAAUUGAAUGAAAAAGUGAAUUGUCAUCUUUUUAUUUGUAUUCUGUGUAUUUGUUCAAUGUGUUUUAAUAAAUCUUCUGGACAACA